AUGUCUUCGCCAAAGUCUCCUGACAAGUCUCCUCGGUCUCCGCCUGAGGCUGUGGAGGCUGAGAACCCCGCGCAGCUGGCACGAGAUGGAUUCAUUCAACCUGAUACUGAUUCUGACUCUGCGUAUUCUUUGUCAACGGAUCUCAGUGAUACUGAGUCCCUGCGUUCGUCUAUUUUGAACUACAAGUGGGUUCAUGGUAGACGCUUCCAUGCAUAUGGCGAUGGAACCUACUGGGGAGCGAAUGACGAUCGUCAGCAAGAGGCCGAAGAUUUAAUUCACGAGUUGUUUCGUGCAGUCCUCGACGGUAAGCUGUAUGAAGCUCCGAUCGGCAAGAACCCACAGAAUGUACUUGAUGUUGGCUGCGGCACUGGUAUUUGGGCCAUUGAUAUGGCAGACCUGCACCCAUCAGCUGAAGUCAUCGGCGUUGAUCUCUCGCCGAUCCAACCAAACUUCAUCCCGCCCAACUGCAGAUUCGAAGUUGACGAUAUUAACAAAGAAUGGACGUUUCCCGAGAACCAUUUUGACUUUAUUCACAUUCGCUACAUGACAGGGACCGUCCCAGACUGGACAGAGCUCCUCAAAAAGGCCCAGAGACAUCUCAAACCAGGUGGCUGGAUCGAGCAUGUUGAACUCUGGGGAGACGCCAGGGCUGACGAUGACACCAUGAGCCCCGAAUCUCCGCUCAAAACUUGGGUCAAAAUCUUUAAUCAAGUAGCAGAGAAAGUCGGCAACCCCUUCUUCUGGAACCCCGCCGACGUUUUCGAAAAGGCAGGGUUGAAGAACAUCACCGAGAAGAAGGUCAAAGUGCCUAUCGGUACCUGGGCGAAAGACAAGGAUCUCAAACAGUGGGGUGCAUGGAACCGACAGUUCUUGCUACAGGGACUGGAAGGCUUCUCCAUCCGCAGCUUGACAGAGCUUUUAGGAUGGGAGUAUGAAAAAGCGCAGGUCUUCCUCGUGGAGAUGCGUAAAGAGCUACUGAACCCAAAGCUUCACUCAUACGUGUUGGUAACCACCGUAUACGGUCAAAAGCCCGAGGAAUAA